AGUUGACCAUCGUUCACAUUGUAAGCAUCACACCGGCCUACAAUGAGAUGGCACAACAACGUGAUGUGGACUGCUUUUCUCUUCCACCUCUGGGAAGUGGCGGCAGCCACUGAACACUCCGAUUCGCUGCGUCCGGAGGCUCGAAAUCUGCAAGUGGACGCUUCAGACUCGCCACUGUGUGUCAGUGAAUUUUUCCAAGAACAUGGAUACAUUGAGGUCGACAAAGACGUGAAGUAUUUCUACAUCUUUAUAAAGUCCUAUUUCUUCCCGGAGAGCGACCCCACAGUCAUAUGGAUGCAAGGGGAGGCGGGCCUCAGUGGCUUGCCCUCUUUCCUCACCACUAACGGGCCGUGUAGUUUGAACACGAGCUCAGGCACAACGGUCCCGAAUGGGCUGAACUGGAACCAGGCCUUCAACGUGUUAUGGAUCGACGAACCUGCUGGAGUCGGCUUCAGUACUGGCAAGAUCGUCACAGACCAAACGAUUCGUGCCGAAUACAUGCGGAACUUCACCGUUGCCUUCCUCAAGAAGUUCCCACAGUACAAUCAUCGAGUUCACCUGUUCGGCUCCUCCGAAGCGGGUCCGGUGAUCCCAGAAGUCGCCAAACUCAUCUACGAAUAUAAUGCAGGGAAGAGUAGGCGUAAGCAGAUAGAUUUCAAAGGAGUAGCGCUCGUCAAUGCUCUACUAUCUAUGAGACUUCAGUACUCAAAACAAGGUAAGAUGGCCUAUGACAAUCCCCCGGCACCUCGGAGGAUCACAAAGCCACAGUACGAGAAGAUGAACCUAGAAGCUCUGCAAUGCAUCAACUUUGCAACACUUUGCAACCAAGGACAAGCUAAGCGUGACUGCGAUCGAGCAUAUACUGCUUGUCAGCAGAGUACAGUGAUUUCCUUGCCAAAAGAGGUUAGCAUUGACAUGUACGACGUGAGAGAGGUAUGUCAGAAUCAAGUGCCUGAUCACUGCCGACCGUAUGCUGAUGUAUCCGCAAUAUCAUUUGGAUUCACAUUUCGAAUCGUNNNNUUUCGCAAGACCGGAGCUAUCAAGCAAGCGGAGCGUGGAUACUGCCACCUCACGUUCCAAGUCAUCUCCGAACUUCGGAAACAAGGUCGAUUGGGUAACGAUUCGUUACUAACGAAACGUCUGUGA